AUGCCAUCUCUCACCGGGCCACGUCCAGCUGACUGGAAAGUAGCUGCCCCCCCAAUACCCAACUUCGCACCCCAGCAUGAUUCUCUUCCUCGUUUGCCAGUUCCAAAUCUCGCUGCUACCCUCGAUCGACUGAAGACGUCAUUGUUGCCGUUGGCACACUCGGAAGCCGAAUUCACUGAUGCUGCUAAGAAGAUCGAUGCAUUCGGAUCACACGCUGGGCCAGGGAACUUAUUGCAGUCUCGUCUCCUGCAGCGUGCAAAUGAACGCGAACAUUGGCUGGAGGAAUGGUGGGAUAAUCUCGGCUACUUGGGCUAUCGAGAUCCGGUGGUGGUGAAUGUUUCAUAUUAUUAUGGCUUCGAUGGGCAACCUGCCCACCUUUCGCAAAGCCCUGCUGCUCGUGCUGCUGGCCUUGCACGUGGAGCCCUCGUAUUUCGGCAGAAGCUGCUGAGUGGUCAGGUGAGCCCUGACGGAACAAAGGAGGGUCAGCUCUGUAUGGACACGUAUCGAUGGAUGUUUGAUUGCUGUCGUAUACCUGGCCUCCACGGUCUCGACUGGAGUGUAUCUCACGCGGGUUUCCAGGCAGAUGAUUUAGGCCAUAUCAUUGUUGUCAGGAGGAACAGGUUCUGGAAACUCAAAGGUAUUAUAAAUGGGCAAAUACUCAGCAUGACUGAGCUAGAGAAACAGAUACAACACAUUUACGACUCUACAACCGAAGAAUACCCAGGAGUUGGCGUUUUGACUGCAUCAAACCGUGACGUAUGGGCCAAGGACCACGCCCACCUAGCCACGAACCCACAUAACGCAUCUAUCUUACGUACAAUACACUCCUCUGCCUUCUUGAUCUCCCUUGACACCGACACGCCCUCCUCUCCCAUUGGUCACAGCCGCUCUCUCUGGCACGGUUCGCUCUCACCCUCUACAUCGGAUGCACCUGGUCUGAAGAACCGCUGGGUCGACAAACCUGUUGAGUUUAUCGUUUUUGACAACGCAUGUGCUGGCCUCCUGGGUGAGCAUUCCACUAUGGACGGCACGCCUACUGCCCGUAUGUGCGAUGAGGUGCUCGACUGGCUCGCUGAUCCUGCUUUUGACCUCGGGACGCCCUCUGUUAUUCCACCGCCGGAGCCCGAGCCAUUAGAUUUCGUGGUAGACGAUACGACCCGUACCGCAAUCGAUAAGGCGUCGAAAGCUGCAUACGAGCUUGCCGAUUCACAGUCAUUAUCAUACCACCUCACAUCCUAUGGCAAGGCAGCCAUCAAGGCGUUUCGUGUGUCCCCUGAUUCAUGGGCCCAGAUGAUCAUUCAACUGGCGUAUGCUCGCUUACUCCGUGCACGUGGGCUGAACAGGGAAGGGGGGACGUACGAGGCAGCGACUACACGCAGAUACUGGAAAGGCCGGACGGAGACAAUCAGGGUCGUCACUUCACAAUCGGAUGCUUUUGUUUCGGCAAUGGAUGACCCUCAUGUCAACUGUGAGGACCGGAAACAGCUUUUUGAUGCGGCUGCCAAAGCGCACAUUGCACUGGCGAAGGCAGCAGGGACCGGAGAAGGAGUGGAUCGGCACAUGCUGGGCGAGUCACCCUUGUUUUCUUGGAACGUGUCUUACAUGCUGACGAGCAAACCAGGAUUGAAACUCUGCCUGAAAGAAGGCGAGCCAGUUCCAGAGCUGUACAACGACGCUUUGUACAAACGCUCUGGAAACUGGGUCCUAAGCACGAGUGCCAUUUUCUCGGAUCAUUUCCCUGUGUAUGGAUGGGGUGAAGUUGUACCGGAGGGCUUUGGGGUGGCAUAUAUGACUGGAUACGAUGGCCGGCUGCAAUAUACCAUCACCUCACGAAAGGAGAUGCCAAACCAGGAGUUUACGGAUGAGAUUGCGAGGGCCGCGGUUGAUUUGUAUGAUUUGCACGCUGGUCAACCAAAGUCCAUGCUGUAA